AUGGCGACCGAGUACCUCGCCGCUGAGACUGCCAUGAAGGUCGAGUCCGAGGAGGUCCCUGUCGGCCACCGCGGCGGGCCGCCUCUUUACGGAAGGAUGAUGAAGUCCAUUCAGACUGGCCAUACCUUUGGCAACCGCGUUCGCAUGCUGAAGCUGCCCCUCAUCUUUCUCGAGGAGGGUCUCUACGCGGGCGCCAUCACGCAGUUCUACUUUCUGUCCGUGGCACUCGAGGCGCAGCUUGACCGGCACAGCUCGGACCCGAUGGUGGCAAAGGUGCUCGGCCUCGGUCUGCGGGUCGCCCCCGGCUAUGAGGCGGACCUGCGUGAGCUGUACGGCGAGGGCUGGCCGGGAG